GGCUCUUUGUCAAACUUGGACGCUGCUAUGGGCAGAGAUAGCCAUCUGGGGUUGAACUGCCUCCUGUUACCUGCAGCCCAGAAUGGCAUAUCUUAAAGCCCUGCUCUUGGACGUUUAUCAUAUUUUAUUACCUCCUUAUUCUUUUCACCUGUGUCUUCACCGCUGCUCCACUGGAGAGACUAAUAUGUUGUUGAAUUCAUCUGAAUCCAGUGUGUGUUAGUGGACAGGCUCCCUGAGACAUCCCUUAUUUUGCACAAUAGCCUUGUCCAAGUAGUCCUAAACCAUCUGUAAUUGCACGCAUGUGAGCUUUUUGCUUGUAGGUGACCCUCCUGUCUUGUGUAUGUGUGUGUACUCUUUGUGUCUGUGUAUGUUUGCUUGCUUGUGUCACUUUCCACUGGUGCAUAAGUCAUGCCUCGGAGACCGAAUGUCAGCAGCAGCUGUUGCUUGCCACUGCACCUGAAUGAGGACAAUGCUCGCUUUGGCCUGCUGGCGGCACUCAUCCUGCUUUACCUGUUGUGUGGGGCGGUUGUGUUCUCUGCCCUGGAACGGCCCUCCGAGCUGCAGGCUCACCAGCGCUGGCAGGAACAGCUGGCCAACUUCACCCAGCAGCACAGGCUCAGUCUGGACAGCCUGCAGGUUCUGCUGAGGCAGUAUGAGGAAGCUUUCGUCACUGGGAUCCGAGUAGAUGCCUUCAGGCCUCGCUGGGACUUCUCUGGGGCUUUCUACUUUGUUGGCACAGUAAUCUCCACAAUAGGUUUUGGCAUGACCACGCCUGCCACAGUUGGUGGUAAAGUCUUUCUGAUCUUCUAUGGACUCAUCGGCUGUGCUGCGACUAUCCUCUUCUUUAACCUCUUCCUGGAACGUAUUAUCACUAUGCUGGCAUAUAUCAUGCGCUGGUGUCAUGAAAGGCAGCUGCGGCGGGCCGGUGUCGGGGGAGUGGAGGCCCGUGGUGAGGAUGACAGCCUGGAGGGCUGGAAGCCCUCUGUGUACUACGUGAUGUUGAUUCUGGGCAUUGCUGCACUGGUGAUCGCCUGCUGUGCCUCAGCGCUUUACUCAGCCAUGGAGGACUGGGACUACUUUGAUUCGCUGUACUUCUGCUUUGUGGCCUUCAGCACUAUUGGCUUCGGGGACCUGGUGAGCAGCCAAAGGGAGAGCUACAAGAAUCAGGAGGCCUACAGGCUGGGAAACUGCCUUUUCAUCCUUAUGGGCGUCUGCUGCAUCUACUCGCUCUUUAACGUCAUCUCCAUUAUCAUCAAGCAGACGCUGAACUGGAUCCUGGCUAAACUGGACUGUAGCAGGAUGCAGUGUCCCUGCCAAGGCCACACCUACAGGAGGCAAGGGCGGGCCUGCCCCUGCUGCUGCUGCCCCUGCUUGCCUGGCCAGCGCCGCACCCAGCACCCUCCACCUGGUCACCCCCGACAGAGGGCCCAGAAGCGCAAUGCUGUGCAUCCUGCCCCUGCAAAUGAGGCAGCGAGGAAGCAGCGUUUCACUAAUGCAUCAGUGGAAACAGUAUGCGAUAGUGAGACUGAUGCUGGCCCGGGGCCAGGUGGAGGUUAUCUAACAGGGCGCAGACUGUCUGGAGAAAUGAUCUCAGUCAAUGACUUUAUGGCCAACAAGGUUUCUUUGGCAAUUCUGCAAAAGCAGCUCUCUGAGACUGCCCACGGAAAUCCGAGGCAGAGCCAUGUUCGCCAAAAUGGCUUCUCUGGUGGAGUGGGAGCUUUCGCUAUCAUGAAUAAUCGGCUACAGGAGACCAGUGUGGACAGGUAGUUCCACAAGAGGGGAUACGUGGAACAUAGUGAACAGUAUCGACCAAUAUAGUUUUGGGGCCCUGAAUGUUGCCAUGCUUAAAGAAAACAGGCCAACACAAUCUGAUGGUACAAUGUCAUUCAAAGUACAACUCCUUGGGAUAUGAAUUAUGGGGUAGAUUACAACAAAGCUAUGUGAGCUCCUAAGCUUUGCCUAAUUAAUGUAGUUAAUUCUUUCGAUUUUCUAGAGACAGGCCUUGUCAAAUGACCAAGGUGGUGGGCUCUACAUGAAUGACUCUCCUCUGUAGAGGAGACCAGAGUUGAAGUUUCACAUCUGCUCGGAAAGGAAACGUAACAUUUGGCAUUUCAAUUGUAUCAGCUCAUCUGGGAGUCACUUUGAGAAGCUGAAGUGAUUGGCUUAUAUGGUGAGCAAUCAGACUGGGCCUCUGGAGAGCUCCUUCAGGGACUCUUCAAAAAAAACGACUGAUUUACAAGAGCCAUGUGCAGCCGCUGGCGUGCUGCUCUCAGAAAAGCACCAUGCAUGGAGAAGACAAGUGUCGAGUCAUUUAACGACACUUUAUGAUACGACAUCAUUUAACAGCAGCUGUCAGUGAUAGUAAGUGUUCCCCUAAAAACAA